AUGGUCGUGCUUUCGGUGCCCGCUGAAGUCACUGUGAUCUUGUUAGAUAUGAAGGACAUUUUAUUUCCUUACAUCAAAGAAAAUGUUAAAGAGUAUCUGCAGACACAUUGGGAAGAGGAGGAGUGCCAGCAGGAUGUCAAUCUUUUGAGGAAACAGGCUGAAGAAGAUGCCCACCUGGAUGGGGCUGUUCCAAUCCCUGCAGCGUCCGGGAAUGGGGUAGAUAACUCACAACAGACGAUCCACGCCGUGGUAGAUAAUGUGUACUGGCAGAUGUCUCUGGACCGAAAGACCACAGCACUCAAACAACUGCAGGGCCACAUGUGGAGGGCAGCAUUCACAGCUGGGAGCAUGAAAGCAGAGUUCUUUGAAGAUGUUGUCCCAGCAAUCAGGAAGUGGAGAGAAGUUGGGAUGAAGGUGUAUAUCUAUUCUUCUGGAAGUGUAGAGGCUCAGAAACUAUUAUUUGGGCAUUCUACAGAGGGAAAUAUUCUCGAGCUUUUUGAUGGUCACUUUGAUACCAAGAUUGGACACAAAGUAGAGAGUGAGAGUUACAGAAAGAUUGCAAACAGCAUUGGAUGCUCAACCAACAACAUCUUGUUUCUAACAGAUGUUACCUUAGAGGCCAGUGCUGCUGAGGAAGCAGAUGUGCAUGUAGCUGUGGUGGUGAGACCUGGCAAUGCAGGAUUAACAGAUGAUGAAAAAACUUACUACAGCCUCAUCACAUCCUUCAGUGAACUAUACCUGCCUUCUUCAGUCUAGAG